AUGACUGCUUCAUACAAAAUCGCUUCUAAUCGUCUCCUCAACACAAUUCAUGAAACCGCUUCAAAAUUUGGUGCAAAGGGAAUCUGGGGUCCCAGAUCAACUGAAACUGGUGUUUGUAGAUUAGCUUUAGGAGAUUUCGAUAAAGGUGUAAGAGAUUGGUUUGUAGAAGAAACUACACAAUUGGGCUGUAAAAUCAAGGUGGACAAGAUUGGUAACAUUUUCGCAAUUUAUCCAGGAAAAAAUGACGGUGCACCAACUGGUAUUGGAUCACAUUUAGAUACUCAACCAACUGGUGGUAGGUACGAUGGUAUUUAUGGGGUUUUAUCAGGAUUGGAAGUUCUUAGAACUUUGAAGGAGAAUGGUAUCGUGCCUAACUAUCCAAUAGCAGUGGUGGACUGGACAAAUGAAGAAGGCGCCAGAUUUUCGAAGUCUUGUAUGGCUUCCACUGUUUGGAAUGGACUGGCUUCAUUAGAAAAGACUUAUGCCAUGAAGUCAAUUACUGAUGAUGUUCCAGUCACAGUAGAGGAAGAAUUAAGACGUAUUGGAUACUUGGGGGAUGUAGAGGCUUCUUAUAAAGUUAACCCACUUGCCUGCCAUUUUGAAAUUCACAUCGAGCAGGGACCAGUCUUAGAGAAUGAAAACAAGAAAAUUGGAAUUGUUGUAGGUGGACAGGCGUAUCAAUGGUACAAAGUCACAGUACAUGGAAAGGCGCAACACACAGGUACCACCCCAUUAAUGGCUAGAUCAGAUGCCCUUUUGACUGCCUCUAAGAUGAUGGUGAAGGGAAAUGAAAUUGCUAAGAAAUAUGGAGGGCUCUUCAGCGUUGGUACCUUGAAUUUGGAGCCAGCUGUUGCCAAUGUCAUUCCAGAACUAGUGACUUUCACUCUUGACGCAAGACAUGUACAAGACGAGGAGUUAGCUAAGAUUUUAUCUGAUUGUAAGCUGGAAUUUCAAAAGAUAGUUGAACAAGAAGACAGUGGGAAGUACGCAUCUGUUGAAUUCGAACACAUUCAGACUUCAAAUGCAGUCAAAUUCGAUGACGAAUGUAUAAGCUGUGUCCGCGACGCUGCUAUUGAAUUAUUUGGAAAGGACCAAGUAAGAGAGAUCGUUAGUGGUGCUGGUCAUGACUCAUGCUCUACCAGUCAAGUCAUCCCGACAUCAAUGAUUUUUAUUCCUUCCAGGGAGGGUGUCAGUCACAACCCAGAAGAGUAUAGCACUCCAGAACAAGUCGCUGAAGGUUUCGAAGUAUUAUUAGGAGCAGUCUUGAAAUAUGAUGCCAAAAGAACGAAAUAA